AUGCCUUACCUGGGGCCUGACAUGACAACCCGGCUGUCCGCCAUGUUUUACACGGUCGAGGUCGGGGACACCAAGUUCACCAUCCUGAAGCGGUACCAAAAUCUCAAGCCCAUCGGCUCGGGCGCGCAGGGAAUAGUUUGCGCGGCGUACGACACUGUCACUGCGCAGAAUGUAGCGAUCAAGAAGCUGUCCAGACCUUUUCAAAACGUGACACACGCGAAGAGGGCCUACAGAGAGUUCAAGCUGAUGAAGCUGGUCAAUCACAAAAACAUUAUCGGUCUCCUGAACGCGUUCACGCCGCAACGGUCUCUGGACGAGUUUCAAGACGUAUACCUGGUGAUGGAGCUCAUGGACGCGAAUCUGUGCCAGGUGAUCCAGAUGGAUCUGGAUCACGAGCGCAUGUCCUACCUCCUCUACCAGAUGCUGUGCGGCAUCAAGCACUUGCACUCCGCCGGCAUUAUUCAUAGGGAUUUAAAGCCGAGCAAUAUUGUCGUGAAGUCGGAUUGUACGCUGAAAAUCCUCGACUUCGGUUUGGCGAGGACCGCCGGUACCACAUUUAUGAUGACGCCCUACGUCGUCACCCGAUAUUACCGGGCGCCGGAGGUAAUCCUCGGUAUGGGAUACAAGGAGAACGUGGAUAUCUGGUCGGUGGGCUGUAUCAUGGGAGAGAUGAUACGAGGCGGAGUGCUCUUUCCGGGCACGGAUCACAUUGAUCAGUGGAACAAAAUAAUCGAGCAACUGGGCACUCCGGCGCAAGAAUUCAUGCAACGGCUGCAGCCUACCGUCAGGAAUUAUGUGGAGAACAGGCCACGAUAUCCGGGCUACCCCUUCGAAAGGCUAUUUCCGGAUGUGCUGUUCCCUUCGGACUCGUCGGAGCACAAUAGAUUAAAAGCGAGCCAAGCCAGGGAUCUAUUGUCGCGCAUGCUCGUGAUCGACCCGGAGCGACGCAUUUCCGUCGACGAGGCGUUGCUGCACAAUUACAUAAACGUCUGGUACGACGAGGGAGAAGUUAAUGCCCCCGCACCGGGACCAUACGAUCACAGCGUGGACGAAAGGGAGCACACGGUGGAUCAGUGGAAGGAGCUGAUCUACCAAGAAGUCAUGGAGUACGAGACAAGCCACAAUCCUGCGGCGGUAGCUGCAUCGUCAGAGAGCUCUGGGAGCCGGUAGAUACAGCGGAGCCCAUCGGACUCCUUCUCGUCGAGGAAGCAUCCCGACAGUCUGACUUACCGCGUCGACAUGGCCGGAGCGUAGAGAGGAGGAGAGAGAGUGAAAGGGAGGGAGGAAGAGAGGAAGAAGAGAAAGAAAAGGAAGGAAGGGAAGAAGGGGAAGGUGCGUCGACGUCCACGGGAUAUCGGACGCUACCGAUCCGACCUCUCCUUCGAGAAGAGGAGGAGCUGAUUCUGUCGAGCGUCGCCGGGAAAUCGCGGAGGGCUUCCUCGGGCAACGCACGCGUGACCGGAGCAGCAGACGGAGACGUCGUUCGCGCGCUCGUCGCACCCGAGAUCUUCUCUCUGGCCUCUCUUCGCCGAGCGACCUCCGCUGAGAAGCAGGAUCCGAAGGCAGUUUUCCGCAAUGAGAACGACAGAGAGAAAGAACGGCCCUUUUUCGCGCAGGCGAACCGCUGUGCGGGACCCGGGACACCCUCCUCGCUCUUUUUCGUACAUUUCAUACGAGACCGCGGAAGUGAAGAAGGGAGAAUCGCACAGGAGGGAGAAGAAGAGAUCGUGCGUCCGGGAAGAGGAUUCCUUUCUCCUGGGUAUCCUCCCUUGGCCAGUCGCUUUCAGAAAGAAGAAGAGGAUCGAAGGGAGCGAGCGAUCGAACUGCCGUUGGACGAAGUUAUCGUUGCAAGUUGUCGUCCCCUCAACUACUGCCAACCUGGGUUGGACCGAGGCUCUCUCUCUUACCCCCUCGAUUCGUCUCUUCGAUCGGCAAACGCGCUUCCCGAACACCUUCCGGCGGCAUGCCCUUUCACCAGAGCCCUCGGUCUCACGGCACGAUAUUUCUACCUCAGUCCCUUCACCGCGUCCGCUUGACUCUCUCUCUUCUUUAGUGCGAGUGCCCUUAUUCGCUGUCCGAUUUGAAGAAAGCUGCGUCGACGACCAUGCAUGAACAUUCGCGCUGUUGUUCCCGAUCUCCCCGUCGUCCGAUUUGGACGACGCUCUCUCGCAGCGCAUUUUAUAGCAAUAAAGUUGACGUGGGAAUGCAGAACCAAGCUAGAAAUAUCGUACCUCGGGCGAGGCUCCCUCCAAGUCUUAUCAUCAUCGGAGCUGGACCGUCCCUUUAAUUCUCAUAUCCCGUUUCCGAUGCCGAACGUUAAGGGCGUUUUACCAUGUUCGGGACGCCAAGGUAAGGAGGAUCGAUCUGAGAAGCACUGUCGAUCCGGCCGAUCGGCCGUCGUCGUCACCGAAGGGAGAAUCCGAUCGAGUGCGUUUAUCGUUUGCGCGCGGACAACAUAUAUACAUAUAUUUUUCGUACCAUUGUUAAGCACGGGAACACACACUUCUCAAUCACGUAUAUAUUAUAACUCAACGCGACUAUCCUACGACUUUCGGGUACGGUGAUCACGGUACAAAGACCACGUAAGGGAAUAAGGAGAAAUUUAUCACAGAGCUUAUAGUUGCUCGAUCGUAUCCCGUCGGUCGCGGCGGCCGACCGCGUGGACGAUCCGUCGAAGCGUCCGAACGAAUUCCGUUGGGGCCGCAGAUUCGUCUCGGGCGAGCGAGCGAGGGAGGGAAGAAAAAAAUCGGAGUUUGGUACAUAUAUAAAUAUAUAUUAUAUACAUGUGUGUAUAUUAAUUUGUGAACCACACACGGUUCUCUAUGUAGGAGACGCGUGUCGCGCCCCCCGGGAUGAGCGCGAGCGACGCAGAGGGAAACCGAAGCGCGAUACACGUUUGCAAAUAUACCGAGUCGUUGGAAAACGAGAUCGACGGUGAGGUGUGAGAAAUUUUUGUACAUAAAAUAAUUCCCGCAAACGAGGAAACAAGAAUCGAACGAGCGGGAGAAAAUAAAGAAGCGAAGAAAGAAAAGGUUGGACGUGCCGCGAACGAGAGUGUCUGCGCGAUCUCCCGCGACACCCAUUCUUCUCGUCUCCGCUCUGUGCGCUUUCAUCUCAGUCGUCAUCAGUGCCAGUAACGGAUGCGGUCGAGUACUCGUUGUUCGUAUCAUUUCGUGUAAUCGUUGAAGGAUUGGCGAACGCGCGGUCGCUGCUUUAUUUUAAUCGGGACGACGGAAAGAGGAGAGGGAGAGGAAUAAAAGAAGGUGAGAGAGGGGCAUGGAGAAAAUGAAUGAAAAGGAGAAAGAACGACGAACCAGUGCAAUGUCACAACGAUCGAUCCAUGGUAAUAUAGCGUCAGGUACUCUCCGCGCGAUCCUGCAAUUACCGAUUAUAUUCUUAGCUGCGGUAGUAAGUAGUAGCGUUAAUCGAUACUUAUAGCAUCUUCUUCUCGUGCAAUCUCGCGUGCGACGCGCCUCAUCGCACGACGGGCGACGACUCGCUCACGGUGCUCUUAAAAAUGAAAAAAGCGUCUUGCAAUCGGCGAAAGAAACAGAGCGAUUCGAGUGACGCAGUCUGAAUCGAUGCAAUAAGUCGGUGGGCGAAGGUAUAUCUACCCUAUAAUCGAUCACACGCGCGUUAAGAAGUGGCGGCGAAGUGACGAUUUCGCGCUUAAAUUCGUUUCCCGAGAGCGUGAAUCCUCGAGGACGUUUCAGUGAAUUUUUAUUCCCUUCGGAUCGUGUGUUUCGUAUUCGAUACGAAAUAGUUGCAGUAAACGGAGGGGUUGGGGUGUGAGAGGGAGGGAGGCACAGGGGUGGAUGGAAAGAGCGGCAUUGGUUCUUCGACAGAAAUUCGAAGCGGCGACAGUCGUGAUUAAUGGACCGAGCGAGGGUGGGGUCGACGAUGCUGACGACGAUGACGAUGAUAAUGACGAUGACGUAACGACGACAGCGACGACGACGAUGAAGACGACGACUCAGUUGUCGUGCUAUACGAGAUGUAAUUGUAUUUAUUACGCGAAUCGACGAGGAGACAAGAAGAAGAAACCUAUUACCGAAACGACGAGAUGGUGAUGAAUAAUUGUAUAAUGUAAACGUUAAAAUUUUUAUUUUCCACGACGAUAGUUAUGUGAAUAUAUUGCUACAGUCCGAUCCAAAUAUAAUCAAGCUUUUGUAACACUAAUUAUAAUAAAAGUCUAAUGAUGAUACUGCUAAUUA